AUGAUCAUUGGGGAAGAAAAUGGGCCUAUAUCUAAUAGGGCGCAAAAGCAAACUAUCCAGUCGUGCAGGGCUGGCAGUUUGCCUGGUCAGGUUAUGAGUAUUCGCAGCGCUGCACGAGAACCACACAUUUCAUUUGGGCUAGAGGAUCAUGCCGAGUUGGUACACCCGCAGGAUGAUGCCUUGGUUUUCUCCACAGACAUAGCAAAUUGCACGGUGCACUGUAUAUUGGUCGAUUCGGGAAGCACUGUAAAUAUAAUCUACAAGGAUUGUUUGACAGCGAUGGCUUUGGACGCCACCUUGAAGCCAACGGGUAAUCCACUUUUUGGUUUCACGGGGGAAUCUAUUUUGUCGCUGGGCUCUUUAGAGUUGCCCAUGACAUGGAGAAAAGAAGGGGCUUCACAGACUCGCAUUCUCAAAUUCUUGGUAGUGGAUUUUCCGAAACCAAGUUACAACAUCAUCAUCGGGUGGCCAGCGUUGAACGCCUUCCAAGCCGUGAUCUCCAUGUACCACCUAAAGAUGAAGUUCCCGCUUGAAAAUGACAGAGUCGGGGAAGUAUAA